AUGGAAAGUGAUACUGUAACUAAGAGUUCUCGGGGACCUCGAAGCCGUAGAACAUUUUCAAACUUUCAAAGUAAUGAUAAACUUAAUUUAAUUAAAGUAUGUUCUAAAAGUAGAAAUCUUAGAUCAAAUUGCACUGAAAGGGCAAAACUCCAUGAUCAAAAGCACAAUUCAAAUGUAAAGAGUAAAAAAUCAACAAUUAAAACUUCAGGUACCAGAAAGAUGACUGUUCGAAAUUUAAUGAAUUUGAAAGAAUCUGAAUCUGUGAAGACAACGAGUGGUCAAUCUUCUGAUGGAAGUAAUUCCCGAAUAUCUGUAUCAUGUUCAGAAAAUGAUAACAUUACAACUACGGAAAUAAAUCUUCAUUCUCCUGUUGAUGAUCAAUUAUCAAAUCAAGGACAUGCUUCGAAAAAUGAAGACAACAAGGGAGAUGUUGAUCUUCGUGUUACACCUGAUUUUGAUUUAGCAUCUACAAACAAGGAGAUAUUGGAUUAUAUCUAUAAAAUGAGAAGGGGUCCAGGGAGAAGGAAAUCAUCCUCAAGAAGAAGGGAAAUUAUGAGAUAUAUGAGCAAUAAAGCAACAAGAAGUGGUGAAGUCAAAGCGUCAACAGAAAACUUGCCACCAUCAUAG